AUGAGUAUUAAAUCGGAUGUCCGUAUAUGUCAAAUUAUUUCUUUGGCAUUAGGCGGUUGUAUGAAUGGAGAAAUUAAUUCGGUAUUCCCGUAUAUUUCACUAUCAGACAUGGCUCAAUGGAUGCUGUUUAAAAUCCUGGCAACAUAA